AUGGACGCCCGAAUAUCCAGGCCUGGGCGAGACCCAAAGCUUUGGUCCACUGUUGAAUCACUGGCUGACUGGGGGUUUGAGGAGACCCUGGCCGAGUCGUCGAGUGAUGCUAAGCAUAAACUUUAUACCCAUCCAGAUUGGAGCUCCAGCACGCUCAGCCAAACGAACAGUGGACCCACGAUCCGAUUUCAAGGCUCAAACUUCUCUUCUGUUCUCACUUCUCCGUUGUAUGAGAAACAAAUUUCCAUGGUCACUUAUGAUCAAUUACUCGAAGACUAUUUGAAAAAAUACGAGGGCUUACAACAACACGUUCAAUUAGCGCUUGACAAGUUCAAAUUCGGAAUCAUUGCCUCCAGUAUUAUGACCUCAACUGACAAUGUUGACCCUGUUCCGGAAAAUCAAAACAGAGUGAUUCUGGACGUGUCACAAUUUAUUUCCCGUCGAUAUGUUCAUUCUCACCAAUCUCUCCAUCUAGCAUUAGCAUUACUUCACUUUGUGAAGAAAAACCUGCAUAGCGUUCGUUUAGCCUGUUUGAAGUUGGCUGUGAUUCUUUCAAUCGCAUUCCUGCUCCACGAUUACAACAACAAGCAGAUAGCCGUCAAGAUUUAUCUUCAAUUGGCGAUCAACAAGUUAACCAAAUAUCUUUGUGUGAGCCAUGUGUUGGAUCAACGAAUCUCCAUGAGCUUGAAAACAAUUGACUCGGGACCUGCACGAACACUUUCAAGCAAGAAACAAGAGCAUCAAAGGUCAAUCUCUCCACUCCUUUUUAACAGUACGAUGAAUGUGCUACUUUUAACAACAGGAUCCAAAUUACGCUUUCUUCUUCCAUUUGUGGACUUCGAUUUCUUCCAUAAGUAUCUGGAUAUAUAUCAGCUGGAUCUGAUGGGCCCAGACUUCAAAUUUUUGAGACUCGUCAAUAGUGACGACUUUUACUCGAGUCCUAAACCAUCGCGAUUGAAACCAUUACGAUUAAGAUCUGUUUCAAGUGAGUCCGUGGCACUGAAAAAUCCGGUUCUAUCUCAAAGCUCUUCAGCACCUUCGCCCAAUCAAUUGACUACUAGUCCUGUCAGACUAGUGCAAUGCUUCAAGCUGCUGCGCAAAGUCUUCCUGUGUGCUUUGCUCUCUUUGGCCGAGAAUGCAAGCUUAUCAGAAAAAGAUGAUAACCUACAGUUUAUCCAUAUGUGUUCUCGUGUCUUUGGCCGAAACCUUGUUCCCAGCCACCUUCAUUUGCCUACACGCUUGAUCUUAAUUGUACAAGUUCUACAGCAACUGAUCUCUUUGGAAGAAAAUUUAAGUUUGGAGCUAAUGAACGAUUUCCAAUCGCACGAGCUUGACAGUUUGGUGCCUGUUGUGAGAUCUGACUUCAAGUAUAAUGAGAUUACACGCAAAGUGGAUGUCAUUAGCAAUAGGUUGGCUGCACUUGAAUGUCACGAAUCCGGGUCUCCCGAUGAUCUAGCUGAAAUUGGGACUUUCAUCAGCGAUCUUGUCGAAAGCUAUAACAGAUUGAUGGAAUGUGUCAACGUUCCUGAAGUUUCAGCUAAACCUAGUCCAGUUGUGUCUCCACAAAUGAGCGAGAGAGAGUUCCCGCCUCCAAAAAAACGGCAUAGUAGUGGACUUAACUUCAAUCUGAUCACUGUCUUUGAGGGUGAUGCACCAGAGAGAGAGCACGACUCUGUUGAGACUACCCAUGAGAAUCAAGACAAGGAAGAGUUCAAAAAAACCUUGGAGAAACUUUGUGCUGGGAACUUAAAAACCACGAACGAGACUUUUGAUGGAAAAGACAACGAUCCAUCAUUAUCUAUGUCUACACCGAUCAAAACUGAUGAGCUUGACGAAUUCAAGAAAGAGCUCAAAGGUUUGUUACUGAACGCGUUAUGA